GAGAGAGAGAGAGAGAGAGAGAGGGUGAGAGAGGAGCACCGUAAACACGAGGUGUGGAGAAACAAUAACGCGGAUUUGCCUCUGAGGUCCGAGCUGAAAAUCACCACUUAAGGAGGGGUCAGCGAGGGACUGUGCGUGAGGAAUACAUGAAGGGCGGGGUGGGGGAGGGGGAGGCUAACCACAGCGGCUGUACCACCAAGGUCAGAGUUCACACAGACUCGCUCUCUGAUUGAUGAGGAUUAAGAAACGGAUUUUGCCUAAUAGGGAACACAGGAACAUCCUCAUCUGCUGAGUACAGAACUUUAAUGGCGUCCCGGUAGAGACAUCAAGAUGAACACGUUACCAUCAAUGGACCGGCAUAUCCAGCAGACCAAUGACAGGCUGCUGUGCAUCAAACAGCACUUACAGAACCCGGCCAACUUCCACUCAGCAGCCACAGAGCUGCUAGACUGGUGCGGAGAUCCCCGGGCCUUCCAGCGACCUUUUGAGCAAAGCCUCAUGGGAUGUCUGACGGUGGUGAGUCGUGUCGCUGCUCAGCAGGGGUAUGACUUGGACCUGGGCUACAGGUUGCUGGCUGUAUGUGCCGCCAACAGGGACAAAUUCACUCCCAAGUCAGCAGCCCUGCUGUCGUCGUGGUGCGAGGAGCUGGGUCGUCUCCUCCUGCUGCGUCACCAGAAGAGCAGGCAGAACGAAUCGCAGGGAAAAGUCCCUAUGCAGCCCAGUAUGAACAGCAUGAAGCCCGGCCUCACACACAGUGAUGGAUCCUUUCCCUAUGACUCUGUCCCCUGGCAACAAAACACUAACCAGCCCCCUGGGUCAUUGUCUGUGGUUACAACAGUGUGGGGCGUAACCAAUACAUCACAGAGUCAGGUGCUGGGUAACCCAAUGGCUAACAGCAAUAACCCCAUGAAUCCUGGGGGUAACCCUAUGGCAUCGGGUAUGUCUGCCAGUGCAGCAGGCCUCAACUCUCCCCAGUUCAAUACUCAGCAGCAACAGUUCCCCACAAAAGGAGGCUCCAACCAGCCAUACAUGCAGCCAGGCAUGUACGGCAGACCUGGCUACCCUGGAGGUCCUGGGGGAUACAGUGGGAGUUAUUCUGGAGGCCCUAACCCACCUCCAGGAGGUAUGGGGAUGACCUCCCACUCACGUCCUCCUGGUGACUUUGCACAGCCAGCUGCCGCCGCUGCUGCUGCCGCUGUCGCUGCUGCCGCUGCUACGGCAACAGCCACAGCAACAGCCACUGUGGCAGCUCUGCAGGAGACCCAGAAUAAAGAUAUGAACCAGUAUGGGCAGAUGUGUUCAUCGUUCCAAAUGGGCCCAACUCAGGCUUACAAUAGCCAGUUCAUGAACCAGCCAGGCCCACGAGGCCCCCCUGGAGGUAUGAAUCCAGCCAGCAUGGGAUCAGCUAUGAACAAUCCUAAUAUGAGUGGGCCUCCCAUGGGCAUGAACCAGGCUCGAACCCCAGGCAUGGGACCUUUUGGUGCUCAUGGCCAAAGGAUGCCUCAGCAAGGCUAUACCGGAGGACCUCGACAAGGCAUGCCCAUGCAGGGGAUGAAAAGGCCAUAUCCUGGGGAGGCAAGUUAUGGAGGCCAGCAGUACGGGCCUAACAGUCAGUUCCCACCACAGCAGGGGCAGUACCCCACAUCAAAUGCCUCCAGGCCGCUGCCCUCUCCUAACUACCCGGGACAGAGGAUGCCAGGGCAGCAGGGCCAAGGACAAUACCCACCUGGCAUGCCCAUGGGCCAGUACUACAAGCAAGAGCCCUUCAAUGGUCAAAGCACCAACUUCUCUGGUGGUGGAUACUCCUACGGCCAAGGAAAUGGGCCCCCCAGGCCGGGUAACUACCCUCACUCGCCAGUCCCUGGAAACCCCACACCCCCUAUGACCCCAGGAAGUAGUAUUCCUCCGUACCUUUCGCCAAACCAGGAUGUGAAGCCCCCAUUUCAACCCGACAUGAAGCCAAAUAUGACAGCACUUCCGCCCCCUCCAUCUAACCCCAAUGAGGAGCUGCGGUUGACGUUCCCAGUCAGAGACGGGGUGGUGCUGGAGCCUUUCCGCCUGGAACACAACCUGGCUGUCAGUAACCACGUCUUCCACCUUCGACCGUCCGUCCACCAGACCCUCAUGUGGAGGUCAGACCUUGAGCUCCAGUUUAAGUGCUACCACCACGAAGACAGGCAGAUGAACACCAACUGGCCCGCCUCCGUCCAGGUCAGUGUCAACGCCACGCCCCUCACCAUCGAGAGGGGGGACAACAAAACCUCCCACAAACCCUUGCACCUGAAGCACGUCUGCCAACCGGGAAGAAACACCAUCCAGAUAACCGUCACUGCCUGCUGCUGUUCCCACCUGUUUGUGCUGCAGCUGGUCCACAGGCCAUCUGUGCGAUCCGUCCUCCAGGGGCUCCUAAAGAAGAGACUCCUUCCUGCAGAACACUGCAUCACCAAGAUUAAGAGGAACUUCAGCAGCGUAGCGGCCUCAGCAGGCAACACCACUCUUAACGGGGAAGAUGGCGUGGAGCAGACGGCAAUUAAAGUGUCGCUGAAAUGUCCCAUUACCUUCCGGCGCAUCCAGCUACCUGCACGAGGGCAUGACUGCAAACAUGUCCAGUGCUUUGAUCUGGAAUCCUACUUGCAGCUCAACUGUGAGAGGGGGACAUGGAGGUGUCCUGUAUGCAAUAAAACAGCAUUAUUAGAAGGUCUGGAGGUGGACCAGUACAUGUGGGGAAUCCUAAACGCCAUUCAAAAUUCAGAGUUCGAGGAAGUCACUAUAGAUCCAACAUGUAGCUGGCGACCUGUCCCCAUUAAGUCUGAGCUACACAUCAAAGAGGACCCUGACGGACCACUUGCCAAGCGCUUUAAGACCAUGAGCCCCAGUCAGAUGACUAUGCCCAAUGUGAUGGAGAUGAUAGCCCAGCUAGGGCCCGGCCCUGGCCCUGGCCCAGGACCUGGUCCUGGCCCUGGACCAGGUCCCAGCCCCUACCCCCCUCACCCAGGUCAACAUGGUAGUGGCAACGGGGUAGAUUACCCAGGAGCAGGCAAUAGCUACCACGGCCAAGGGAACUUUGACUUCCCUCACGGAAACCCUGCUGGUGGUGGAGUUGGAGGAGGUGGAGGCGGUCCCCCCAUGAGUGACUUCAUCCAUGGCCCCCAGCUCUCCCACCCUCCAGAUGGACCUGGUGGUCUUCUCUCCCAAGACAAGCCCCUCAGCCACGGCAUGAAUGAUGCAAUGUCCCAUCCCGAUCAGUCACAUAACUCCAUGCAGCAGAGCUUGCAUGCGUCUCCCCACCCUGGCAGCCAAACAGGGCCGCCCUUGCAUCACAGUGGCCAGUCAGGGCCGCCCUUGCAUCACAGCGGCCAAUCAUCGCAGCCGCCUCGCCAGUCGCAGCCGCAGCCUCAGCAGCCUGGGCAGAACUGUCACCCCCACAGCGAUCUGAACUUUAACCCUUCCUCAGAUGGGCAGAUGGGUCAGGGAGCCCAGGAUAUGCCUGAACCCUCCCUGGAUCUGCUUCCAGAGUUGGCCAACCCAGACGAGUUACUAUCGUACCUGGAUCCUCCCGACCUUCCCGCCAACAGCAACGAUGACCUUCUCUCCCUCUUCGAGAACAACUAGCCCCUCACCUCUCCUUCAAACUCUCCUCUCACCUACAGGAGUCAUGACAUGUUUGACUGUCCGUCCACACACGUCACUGACCUCCGAUCGACAGUUCAAGCAGCUUCCUGUGCUCACACAAGCACACACAUACACACAGUCUCUCAACAGAUAAUGUGUGACAUAGGAGCACGGCUGAAAAGAGGCACCUGUAUGGGAACUCCAAGGGAGAAGGCAGGAAUGCCACUCAUCCCCUAAACUCCCUUUUUGUCCUCGUGUAAAGAUUCCACUCACCAGUACCACCGCCUCUGACUCUAAACACACCAUUUACAGCCAUGUUGGCGGGCACUAAAGUGAUAUUAUAUAUAUACAUAUAUGAUAUUUGUGACUUUUCAACUGAAAACUGUGCAGCUAUAAUCAUCAUGUGUGAACAACACGGAGGAGACAGGAGCCUUUGUGAGCUUGAGGUAAAGUGUUGUAGCUUUUUAUUUUAUAUUAUUAUCAUGAUUUUCCUUUUGUGAAAAAAGACAAGAAUCUGAGGGGGAAAAACAUCAUCUUUUUAAGAGUGUUUUUAUCCUAUUUGAAAUGUGUUCUUCCAAAACUUUGGCACAUGCCAUGCCCUUUGACCCCUUAUUUCCCUGUGUGUGUGUGUGUGUGUGUGUGUGUGUGUGUGUGUGUGUGUGUGUGUGUGUGUGUGUGUGUGUGUGUGUGUGUGUGUGUGUGUGUGUGUGUGUGUGUGUGUGUGUGUGAGAAAGUUGACUAACUGGAACUCAGCACGACCUCAUCAGAAUCAGAGCAGUGAAAGGAUGAGCUUAAAUGUCCUCGAGUGUCAACAGAGGAAAACGAGCGCACAUUGCGCAAUCUAGUGUGUGAGUGAUUGUGCGCGUGUGUGUAUUUGUGUUCUCUUUGGUUUGCCUGCGAGCGUUUGUAAAAGGCAGCGGGGAGAGAAAGUUUGAGACAGAAAAGGGAAGAAAAACAUUGAAUAGAAGAACGAGAAAACAAUCCACCUUGAGAGCUGUCUCAGUCCUCUUUUUUUUUCUCCACUGGGUCUGCAGUCGUUCUUGUGGUAUUUAUUGUAACAUUUCGCUCUUCCUCAUCCAAUUCAGCACCAUUUUGUGCAUGUGUGCCAAUGGCUCCUGUUGUCUUUGUUCAGCCUAAAUGUGCUCGAUCAAAUCGUUUUCUCACGUCUUUAUAUUUAUUAUUUUAUUUCAAACUCAUGUUUUUUUUUUUUUAAUUGUUGUCCUUUUAUUGUGUGUUUUAUCUUUGUCCCACAUUAAGACUAAUCAAAUACACAUCACCAAAGUUCUUAUGCUUUUUGUAAAGGGUUUGGGCCUGGAAAGUAUGUUGGUAUAACAUCUUACAGACAUCUACAGAAGUUUUUAAAUUACUGUAUUUUAUAGAAAGCAUCUGUGUGAUUUUAUUGACCUUUCCUUUUGUUGUUACUGUUGAACUGCAUCCAGUUUUGGGGAAAAAACAUCCUGCAUGAUCCAACAGUGUUUCCAGAGCUGUUGUAUGUACCCUUUGUGAAUACUUUGUGACUGUACAGUACUGUACCUAUCCAUGACUGGCAACUACACGGUACUGUAUGUCUGUUAAGGACUACACACACUCUCACAAACACACGCACACAAUCCCCAAUAACCAAUCCAAUAUUGUAAUGAAUAGAUCCAAAUGCACUCUCACUGGCCUUUUGUUGAGUACCUGUGUAUUGGUGUACGGUUUUUCCAUCACGUUAUGGCAACUCAUCAGUGAAAAGGAAGAUUUGAAUUGCUCAGCAGGCAAGUUAAAAAUGAGUAAUUUUUUAUAUUAUUUUUUGUUUUUUUGUAUCUAAAAACAUGUCAUCUUUACAUGAGCUGAUUUUUCUGUGCAAAAAGAUUGUUGAUUGAUGCAGCUUAGAGGUCCAAAUUAUCCCAAAAAUAUUUGUUUAAUAUUAUUGGAACAUCCUCGUUAUUUAAAGUGAGAAUUUGCAAAUGUCCUUCAGAUUGUUUCGAGGCCUAAUAUGAACUUUUGAUAACCAUACUUUGCAAAAAUGUGUGAACGUGAUUCAUGUAUUUUCAUCACAUUUUAUAUUGUUUCAAGUUUUAAGUUAUUAUUUUUGUCCAGUGUUUUUAAUGACAGAUAUAAUUUGGUUUACACAGUUUUAUGCAGUAUAGUCAACUUAAAAUAUGCUGUGUGUUGGAAGCUAAAAAGUUCCCCAGUUUGAGAUUUGUAAUCCUUUAGAAGAACCAAAUAUGUCUUUACUGGUCUUUAAAGUUGAUCAAAUCACCUGCAUAUGACACAGCUGAAGGAUCAGACGUUGUUUUUCUCUGUAUGUUUGUUAAAGACAAUGCACUGCCGCAUUGGGAUAUUUUAUCUCCCUACACAUGGCGUAACUGUAACCUUUCACAUCACUUCUAGAAAUUUGAGCGAUACAAAUUGGUACUGUCUGAUUGCAGACAGCGGAAAUUCAUUUGAGGAUUUAAAAGAGAAUGCAAUUAACAUUGUAAAAUGAAAUGUGGGGGAGCCUUCCUCCUGUUUGCAUUACAAGGGGAGAUUGUGGCAAAGGAUGGGGUGGGGAUGUAAGGGAUAUGUGUAAAUAAUGUAAAUGACAAAUAGAGACACAUUAACAGAAAUGUAUUCAUUUUCUCCAGGGGGAGUGUGCAUAGUGUAUUUAGAAUUUGUAAAGCUUGCAUCCUCCUGUCAGACAUUGAAUUGGGAAAAUGAGUCGUCUGUGUUUGAUUGCGUCUGUGCAGACCUCUCUAACCACGCCUGUUCAUUUAUGUAAAAUACUUUAUGUACCCCUCCACGCGGGGUUUCCAAGAAAAAAGACAAUUUUCCUUUGUGUAAUAUUAAACUUCUGUGUAUUUCUCUAUUACCUGUGUACUUUAUAAAGGUGCUACAAAAUUAUUAAAACCUUUUGAGGUAUAAUUGGGACUUGGAGACAUUGAGCCUUGAGUGGCUCCUAGGGUUUGUUUCCAAAUUUACAGUUUGUAAAAAAAAAAAUUGUCAAAUUUAUCAUUUUUAUGCAAUUUGGCAAAAUAUGCUAUAAAGGUACAAUCUGAAGUGAUUGGCACAACAAGUGGCAGUUGUCUCUUUGGUUUUGUACAUUCUAUGUACAAUCAUUUCAUAUUCUAAACUGGUCAGAAAAACAUUGUGAUUUUUAGUCUUGCAAAUCUGUAUGUAGUUAGAUGACGUGACAUCUUAAUAUUUAUCUAAUAAAUAUGUAU